CUUGAUUGAUUGGUAACUCUGACUCACUUGACCACAACCUCACCUCAUAGAAUUCCCAACGUUUUCUCCCUCCCACUGGCCAUCACUUUCAUCCAAAAUACUGAUCGGUGUUGAUACCCAAAUCGACUCAAAAAUCUCCAAUCUUUUUGAAAGAUGGCUGAAAGUGGAGCGGUGUAUGAAUCAUCAGCAGAGUCGAAGUCGUUCUUUAGGAGGCACUGGGAAGGCUACAAAGAGUUCUGGAGCGAGAGAUUCUCCAUUUUGGAUAACUAUUCGAGGUUUGUCAAAAGAGAGAAGCCUCUCCCUUCUUGGUCUGACUCUGAUGUAGAGGAGUUCAUCGCCUCUGACCCAGUUCAUGGCCCCACACUUAAGACUGCCCGUGAAGCAGCAAAAUAUGGUGCCCUCGGAAGCCUGAUUGGAGCAGUUUCCACUGCGGGUUUUGCUUGGAAAUAUUCAAGGAGUCCCCAUGGUGCUGCACUAUCUUUUGGAGCAGGAGCUAUAUUUGGGUGGACAUUUGGACAGGAAAUUGGAAACCACAGCCUGCAACUUUACAGGUUGGAUACCAUGGCUUCUCAGGUUAAGUUCUUGGAAUGGUGGCAGAGAAAAACAGGAGGGCAGUCUUAAAUUAGCUUUCUCCGAUUGCCAACCGAGACUUUCUUUCGUUUCUGCAAGAAUAAUCAUCUGCAUGAGUUGAAAUUGUAUUGCUUGAUUCCAUAUGAUUUGGUGCUUUUUAUGUUAGGAAGCUUCCAAUAUGGAUUUGCCUGCUUCUUGUUUCCCAGAGAAUGGAUAUGAUAGAACACGUGUUUUCUAUGAAACAUUUCUAUACCCCGAAACCCACAAACUAUUGGGACCUA